CGAAUGCCGCCGACGAAUUAGCGAGCAGGUUCAUGGCGGGUGGGGCGACGGCGGCGGCGCUAUGUUGGUAUGCGCGAGUGCGGCUUCAAUACAGCUCCGUGACUUCGAGAUGCAUCAGAUGGGAUGAUCUACACUGUAGAACGACAUUCAUGAUGGCGACUGUACUCACAGCGCUGUGCACGAAGGUACCGGUGAUAAUGCAAGGUCAUAAGGACGACAAUCCAACGUACGGCAGCGCAGCGUCGACAACUCUUAACAUAGCAGAGGUGCCAUACAGGCUCGACCACGCUCCGUUGGCAGCCAUGCAACUCACCCAACUUUGUGUGCCGGGCUGACGCGUCUUGCUGCUCUCUCCGCGAUCCCACGCGCUCAUGAUUUAUUAGGCCCCCCUCCAGUCUGCAUCGGUGUUCAAGCCUCCAUGGGUCCGGUUGUCGGAUGAAGGGCACAAGUAUUGGCCAGAGGAACUUGAAGACUUCAGGAGCACGAUCGCUUUUGAAUCUACGCGCGUCGCCGAGUGGUCUGACGACUCGGAACCGCGAAGUCGUAUUUCAGCCGUAACACCGCACUGAGAUUUGAGUACACGAGCAAGCAAAAUGCGACAG